UGAAACGAAUACAAUGGCGGGUCUUUCUAUAAAAGCUUUGGAAGACCAUUCCGGCCCUAGUUCGAUACAAGAAAAAAUCAAUUAUGUUUGCUACGAGGUGAGCUACUUUGUUUUCUUCACGGGGCUGAAACAGGAUAUUCACAGUGGAGCAGAUUAGUCGGCAGCAAGUGGAGAUAUAUAUAGUAGUAUUAGUUAGCGCAAAUCCAAGAUGUUAUUGUCUAGAAUCUGCAACAACUCAAUCUGAUAUUUCAUGCCUUUCAGACUGCAACACUCUCUUUCAUUGAUUAUUUCCCUCAAUUCCUCAAACUCUAUCCCUCCUUGGUCGGUUUUUUUAUUGGAAUUUCUUCUUUCUUGUUCUUGAUUGCCUCUUGUUUUAAUUUGGUGGUUUUCAAUGGCCUCCAGCUCCCGAAAAGCCUGUUCAUCUCUUCCUUCAUCAGAUUCAUGUUGGAAGUAUGAUGUUUUUAUAAGUUUCAAGGGUGAAGACACUCGCAAGGGGAUCACAGUCGACAUAUACGAUGGACUUAAGAGGAGAGGAAUUAAAGUAUUCAUGGAUGAUCGAGAUCUUGAAGUAGGGUAUGUUAUUACUCCUGCUCUCUUAGCAGCAAUCAAAGAAUCAAGGUUUGCAAUCGUUGUUCUCUCGCAAAAUUAUGCUUCUUCUGCUUGGUGUUUGGAGGAACUUAGAGAGAUUUGUCUAUCCAUGGAAGACAACAGAAUAUUGCCACUGUUCUAUGAUCAUGUUGAUCCUACUGAUGUUCGAUAUCAGAAGAAGGGAAAUUUCAAAAAAGCUUUCUCCAAGCAUGUAAAAUCUGGGCGACACCAAUCAGAGAAGGUGAAGGAGUGGCAAGCUGCUUUAAACAAAGUGGCCAAUAUCUCUGGGUGGAAUACAAAUGAUCAUAAGACUCACAAAGAGCUUGUUGACGUCAUUGGGGAAUUUCUCCGUAGCAAAAUAGUUACUGAUGGAAUUGAGUCCACAGGAAAUUUCCAAGCAUUUGAAGCAACAAGAAAAGCUAUGAAUAAGGUUAUGAUGGCGCUAAAAGAUGAAGAGGUCACUGCCGUUGGUGUCUACGGCAUGGGAGGCGUUGGAAAGACAACGAUGGUAAAACAUGUCGGUGCACAUGCCCGAAAAAGUGGGAUUUUUGAACAUGUGAUUAUGGGUAUCGUAUCCCAAAGACCUGACUAUAGAAAAAUUCAAGGCACAUUGGCGGACCUGUUGGGCUUAAUAUUGGAGGAGGAGACAGAAGUUGGAAGAGCAACUAGCUUGAGUGAGGAGAUAAAGAAAAGAAAUAAGAUCCUUGUAAUCCUGGACGACGUUUGGGAGAGAGUGGAUUUAUCAAGAAUAGGAAUACCAAGCUACAAGGAACUUCAAAAGUGCAAUUCCAAAGUCCUACUCACCACAAGGAGAUGGAAUGUUUGUCAUGUCAUGGAGUGCCAAGAAAAGAUCACCCUCAACGUCCUCUCAAAAAAAGAUUCUUGGGCCUUGUUUGUGAGAAAUGCAAGGUCUUUUGAAUCGACCACUUUCAAGGGUGUAGCGAAGAAGGUAGCUAGAGAAUGUAGGGGUCUACCAAUUGCAUUGAUAGCAGUUGCAAGGGCACUUGGAGAUAAAGAACUAGUGGAAUGGAAAAGAGCAGCUCGGGCACUAGAGAUGUCACAAUUUGCCAACCCUGAUGAUUACGGAGAAGCAUCCAAAUGUAUAAAAUUAAGCUAUCAUUACUUAAAAGAUGAUGACUACAAGUCAUACUUCUUGCUCUGUUGCUUAUUCCCAGAAGACUUUGACAUCCCAAUUGAAGAGUUGUUCAGGUAUGCGAUCGGGAAAGGAUUGUUUCGAGAUGCCGACACCCUUGAAGAAGCCAGAGAGAAGGCUGAUUCUGUGGCCGCACACCUUAAACAUUCUUGCUUGCUUUUGGACGCAGACAGAUUUAGAAGGACAGAAAGAAUUAGAUGUGUAAGGAUGCAUGAUGUCGUCCGGGAUACAGCCAUUCAAAUUGCGCAAUCUGACGAUGGGUUUUUGGUCAAAGCUGGCCGUGGUUUAGAGGAUUGGCCACGUCAAUUACAUAGAGGAUACUCUGCAGUCUCACUAAUACGGAAUCGUAUUAGCAAGCUACCGGAAAGGUUAGUAUGUCCAAAACUCCAGGUUUUGUUACUAAAUCAUAUUGGGUCUAUAACUAGGAUCCCAGAAACCUUCUUUCAAAGUCCAAAUGAAUUAAGGGUCUUAAAUCUUAGUUACACUAAUAUUUCCUUACUACCCCAAUCAUUCAGUUUCCUAACCAACCUCCGAGCUUUGCAUUUAGAUAGAUGUGAGAAGCUAAUUGACAUUUCCAUGAUCGGAAAACUUAAGAAGCUUGAGAUUCUUAGUAUGAUCAGAAACUCACAUUUUCCUAGAGAAAUAGGAGGUUUGACCAAUCUAAAGAUUUUGGAUAUCACCGGUACAAGUGUUGAUCAAAUUCCAUCCAAAGUGAUAUCAAAAUUGCAUAAUUUAGAAGAACUGUACAUGAAUGGAUCAGAAGACUCGUACCUGCAAUGCAGAUUUUGUGAGUGGGGGAGAAAAGUUAAGGGAGAAGGAGAAGAAACCAAUGCUGGUUUUGAUGAGGUAACUAGUUUGUCAAACUUAAGAGUUUUGAAGGUUUGUAUCUGUGAUGCAGAGUGUAUCCCUAAAUAUGUUGAGUUCAAUCCGAAUUGGGUUGAAUUUGAUAUAUGUAUCGGCACAUACGACAAGAUGGAAGGCUCUGAUCGAUAUGCUCAUAAGUCAAUAUCCUUGAAGCUUGACACCAUCAGUCGCUUGCCGGACUGGUUUUUCAAUACGGUGAUGAAUAGAGCAGAGAGGCUAUGGUGGGAAGGGUGCCGAAGGUUAAUAGACAUAUUUGUGGAAUUUGAGCAUGGGAGAUUACAGGGACUGACUCAUCUCUCUAUAAUUGGUACCGAUAGCCACGAGCUGAUGAAUACAAGAACAUGGGUUCCAAAAAGACCUGUGUUCAAGAAGUUGGAAGAGUUGCAUAUGAUUGGAGUAGAUUGUCAGGAGUCAUGUGUUGGUGAGCUACCACCUGGGUCUCUAUUUAAUUUGAAGGUAUUGAAGGUUCGAUAUUGUUACAAGUGGGGGAAUGUACUUUUACCAUCAACAUUGUUACAGAGACUACCAAAUCUUGAAGAACUAUGUUGUCGUUUCAUGGACGAGAUUGAAUAUGUGUUUGGGUAUGAAGCGUUAUCUGAGCCAAAACAAUCAAAAUUGAGAAGUGUAGAGUUGUGUGGUCUGUACAGAGUAAGAAGCAUAUGGGAUGGACCUGCUCCACUUGCAAUGUUUCAGACUCUUCAAAUUUUGAACAUUAGACAGUGCAACUUGCCGGGAAGUCUCUUCACCUCUGAUAUUGCCCUGUGUCUUUCUCAGUUGACUUACUUUAAUUUACAGAAUUGCCCUUUUUUGGAAAGAAUAGUUGAGGCAGGCAACAAGAAGAUCAUUCUUCCAAAAUUGAAGCGAUUAAGUUUGGCGGAACUUCCGAUGUUGUACUCUGAAAGUGCUACCAUUGAUAUUGAGUGUCCUUCAUUGGAAGACUUGGAUGUGUUGGACUGUCCCAAGUUUUCAGCCUCUAUUUAUGACUUCAAGCCAGAGAGAGAAGUCCAACUCCACAGAGCUCUCUUCUAUACUAGGGUUUCCUCACAGAAGCCUCAUUGCCCUAUUUGGCGGCGAGUCCCUAUAGAGCUGUCGUCAGACUCUUUUUCGACUCGGUUCGGGUCUGAUGUGAGGUCGGGGUCCUCGAUUGACUUGUCCUUGGUCCGAGGUGGAGAUCGCGGUGGCUAUGUGUGAGUUGAGGAAGGACGAGAUCGCGGCGGUUGUCCGGCCUUGGUUCUUUUCUAGCUGGCCUUGGUAGCGGAUUAGCUUGGUGUGGUUGGAUCGGAGGCUGUCUGGUGGUGACGGGUCAUCGACGCGGCUUGGAUCUGAUCAGAAUAGUCUGAUAUAGGUUGGGGCAGAUGAUUCUAAUUUGGGGAAGGGAAUGGUUGGAAAGGGUGGUGCUUCUCCACGACACAAUGGGGAUGGCAGAGCGAGGUUGACAGAGGUCCGGCGAAGGUGGUUUGUUCGGCAUAGCGGGUGGUCCGUCGGAGGAGGUGGGAUUAGGCCAGGCCAAGCUUGGCUGGCAGGCCGUGAUCUGCUUGCGUCCUGGAUUGCUUGGGCUUGGGCCCCCUUUUUGGGCUCUGCCUUGGCUGAUUUUUUAUUUAUGUUUUUAGUUUUAUUUAUUUUAGUUGGAUAUUGUUUGGCGUGUAUUAAGUCUCUGCAUGUAUCUUGUAGGGCUAGUCGGACUAAAAUUGCAUGUAUGUGCACUCUAAGUGCCUUGUCUGGCCUAGCAAGACGACGAUCUAUUGUUAAAUGGUCGCAACCUCCUAGUGGCUGGAUGAAACUAAGGGUCACUAUGCCAAUAAUAGCUUCAGAUGGAAAUUAUAUGUUGUG